AUGUAUGUGUUUGAGAAAAAGGGAGGGCUACCUAGAGAUGAGGGAAGAAUGGAGCUGUUUCGAAGAACUUUAGAAGUCUGUCAAUUGGUUGAUGUGGGGUUUUUUAGCACAUGGUUUACGUCGGAAGGAGGCAAUUUAUCAGAGACAAAUAUACAAGAACUGUUGGAUAGAGGAGUUGCUACUAUUGAUUGGAUUUCUUUAUUCCUAGAGGUUAAGGUGCAACACUUAGUUCAUUCCUUUUCAGAUCAUUGUCUACUUUUGAUUAAUACAAAAAUGGGUAAAGAUCGACUGAGGAGUAACACUUUUAAAUUGGAAGCCUGGUGGGUUUUGGAGGAUAUUUUUUUUAAAGAAGUCAAACGUUUAUGGGGGUUGUCUUCAGGAAGACUAUUACAGAAAUUGGAUAAUUUGAAGAAAGGCUUGAGUCAAUGGGCAAGGAAAAUUCAAAUGAAUCGAAGGAGGAGGAGACAGGCUCUUACAGAUAAGUUGGCUGAACUGAUGGCCAAUGAUAGAGAUGAGGAAUGUAUGGUGGAGAUGAUCAAUACGAGAAUUCAUUUAAAUCUUGAAAUUGAAAAAGAUGAACGUUACUGGGAGUAG